AUGGCUGUUUUGCCUCCAGACAAACGACCUAUUUUAUGUGACUCUUCUCAUCCACAGAAGAACCUCAGUCUCCAGUCAUCCAAAACAUCCAAGCGCCUCAAUCAAAUCGACCGAAUUCGCGCGAAUGGAGUUGGCGACCACAUCGCACUACCACAGUUGGUAGUUUGUGGGGACCAGUCCGCCGGGAAAAGCUCGGUUCUUGAAGGUAUUAGCGGCAUACCAUUUCCUCGACAGGAUGGCCUUUGCACUCGAUUUGCAACAGAGAUCAUCCUCCGCCACGAGCCCACGGAUAUUAGAACCACCGCAACCAUCAUACCUCAUCCAUCCAGGAGUGAGGAAGACAAACGUCAUCUGACUGCUUAUCACCACGUUCUUCACGAUUUUAAGGAGUUGCCAAGCAUCAUUGAGCAGGCGGCGAAGCUCAUGGGGGUGCGUGGCAUCGAUGCGCAGGCGGAGGGCCCAGCGUUUGCAGCGGAUGUUCUCAGACUUGAGCUAGUUGGAAAUACAGGUCUCCACCUGACCAUUGUUGAUCUUCCUGGGCUGAUAUCAGUCGCGGAUUGUGAAGAGGAUGUGAAGAUAGUUGAGAAGCUAGUGGACUCCUAUCUGCAACAUUCUCGGACCAUCAUCCUUGCAGUCAUACCGGCCACUAGCGACAUUGAUACCCAGGGUAUCAUCCAGCGUGCGCGACGUUUUGACGAGGAUGGUCUCCGUACUGUCGGAAUCAUUACCAAGCCAGAUCUCAUCAACGCUGGUACGGAGGCACGUAUCGCUCGGCUUGCCAACAACUGCGACCGCACCAAACUCAGACUUGGGUUUUUUGUUCUGAAAAACCCCAGCCCGACGGAGCUCAAGGCAGGUAUAACUACAGAAGAGCGACGCAGAAUAGAACUGGCCUAUUUUUCCACCGAGCCUUGGAAGAAGCAGGGGCUGGAUCUUUCACGCGUUGGAGUCGACAAAUUGCGAUGUUUUCUAGAAGAAAUAUUGGAUGACCAUAUCGAGCGUGAGCUUCCCAAAGUACGUGAAGAUAUACGUCGCCUUCUCCGAGAGAAAAACGAAGAGCUUGAUGAGCUUGGAACGGAACGGAAGUCUCCAAACCAGAUACGCAUGUUCCUGACAAAGAUUGGCGCCAAUUACUACAAUGUCAUCCAAUCCGGCGUUGACGGAUCAUACGGAGGUCGUGAUGCGAGCUUCUUUGAGAUACGAGACGGACAACUUUCAGUUCGUCUUCGUGCUGCUAUCCAUAUGGAGAAUGAAAUGUUUUCCGACCACAUCAGACAGUAUGGUGAAAAAAGAAAGAUUGUCUCAGAGAACCCCUCAGAUGCCGACGAAAACGAAGGUGGACAGCUUUUUGUGACGAAAGAGGGAAUGCUUGACUGGAUUCGACAGGUAUAUGAUCGAACGAGGGGCCAAGAGCUACCAGGGAACUACAACCAAGCUCUCCUCACCGAACUGUUCCAUGUGCAAUCAUUGAGAUGGGCCCAGAUUGCUCGAGAACAUAUUGUGGCGAUCUCAAAGAUUGUUUCUCAGUUCGUGAAUGCUGCAUUGAUGUACGCUAUCAAAGACGGAAAGGUGCGCGAAAACAUUGGUCGCCUAGUCAGCACCACGCUGGAGGCAAAUGUCGAAGCAGCGGAACAUGAACUUGAAAGAAUUCUUGAAGAUGAAACGCGACAGCCAAUUACGUAUAAUCAUUAUUAUACGGACAACAUACAGAAUGCAAGAAACGAAGCUUCUAAGAGCCUCAUUGAAAAUUCUGUGCGUCAUGCUAUCCGAGAUGAUUGGAACGGCAGCCUUCACUUGGAAAACACAGAAAAAGACUGUGUUAAAUUGUUGUCAUCACUCAAAAAGCGUGUCAUCGUUGACAUGAAGGAGCAAGCAUGUUCUGAAGCAAAAACCGACUUGACUGCUUAUUACAAGGUUGCUCGGAAGACGUUCGUAGAUAAUGUCUGUCGUCAAGUCAUCGAGCGACAUAUCCUUGCAAAGUUGGCCGAUGCGUUUAGCCCCAUUACGGUCAGCUCCUAUUCGGAGGAGGAGCUUAUUAACUUAGCAGUUGAGUCUCCACAGAUUGGCCACCUUCGUUCCGAGGCCCGCCAGCUUCAAGCUGCUCUAGAGCAAAGCCUCCGUGAUCUAGCAGGAUAA